AUGUUUGAUAUUGACAACACUCUGGCUUACACAGGUUUCAACGACACCGACCUCUUGGGCAAGGCACCUCCCAUGAAGCGCGCGGUGGACUUUGCCAAGCGCUGGUGCCACUUUGGGGGCGUGCGGACGGAGUUCGAGUGCUUCUUCAUCACGGCUCGUUAUUGCACCACCUUGAAGGCCAAGGCAACUCAGCUUUGGGUCAAAGAGAACUUCCCAGUGGACGAUUACUGGAUGCGAAAACAUGUCUUUAUCACAGGUGGCAUUGGAGGCUGCAAAUCGCAAGGCUGCUCUGUGGCGUACAAGUCGGUCCUGAGGAACUGGCUUCAUGCGCAGCGCAACAUCUACUGGGUGAUGAGUGUGGGUGAUCAGCUGACUGACAGCGCCGGGUCUCAGUCUGGAGUUCGAGUGAAGGUGCCCAACUUCUGGUUUGACUCCAGCGUGGUCCCAAAUCCUCAGGCCAACGGUGGGAAGAUCCACCUGCAGGCCGAUCGGAGCUUCAGUGCGAACGCAGAGAAGGAGUGCAGGCUGAAGUGUGUCAUCGGCCCUGACAAUGAAUGCAUCAAUGCUGGCAUGGACGAUGACGCCAUCAACAAGCUGCUUGGAUGA